GUCCGCUCUCGGUCGGGCGUCGGGCCGAGUCGAGUCAGAAACGGAACAGAGGCCGGCGAAGGGUGCGCGGAGCGCAUUGUUCGGCGGCGCCUUUCAACAUGGCACCGAUGCCGGGACGUCGGGAAAACACGAGGGACGUGCGAGCUUCAUCGGGGGUGCAUUAGUGCCGAGUAGAUCAUCCACGCGAGGGGGGAAGAGCUCCUCCGUCAAGCGCGUGAGAGCGCGUCUUCGGCGAGCGCGUCGGAUUUCGGAUCGGAGUACGCGAAAAAAGGGAGAAAGAGCGAGAGGGAGGAGGAAGAGGGGAGAAAGAGUGGAGAAGAGUGAGGACAGAGGAGAUCGUGCCAUGUCGAGGAAUCGCACGGGGCAGGGACGGCAGGCCAAUCCGGUGGCGGUCAUCCUACCCCGUGUCGAGUGACAGGCUGCUUACGUAACGGAUUAUUCUCGCUAUGAUAACGAUACUCCAGACGGCGCGAACGCGACACGUCGACGCGAGGAAGCGGCAGCGACAGCAGCAGCAGCGGCGGGACAGCAUCGUCGACGGAAGAAGGGCCGCCGACGCGGCGGCGACGGCGCAGCGCGCGACCCCGACAGAAAUACGCCGACCCGGAUCCCGAUCCCGCUGUCGCCGUCUCUGAUACCCGUCGCUCAAACGGACGCCGAGCAUCGCGACGCCCGCGUCGUCCUCGCCUCGGGUGCGCGGGGACACGCCUGACCGGGGUGCCGUGCGCGAAUUAUGACAGCGGCGGUCGUCAUGGAAAACGUUAACUGGGACCCCGCGUUGUCCAAGUUGCUGAACUCGCUGCAGGAGAACAAGUCGGAAAUUCCCAGCUGCACCGAGGAGGAAUUCGGAUUUCUCAGCGAGCUGCUGCAGUCCAAGGAGCUGAACGCCCUGGUGAACGUUCAUAACAAGAUCCUCAACAAUUUUAAGGACGACAAGUUCUUCCCCGUGCUGUCGAACGCGAUGGACAUCGACGUCGAGGUGCUCGAUCUGCUGUCGACCAAAACGCACGCCUCGGCCGACUACAAGGAGCUAUUCCACUUGUUGCAAAAGCCACACAUCCAGGGUCUCCUCUGCGCUCACGAUGCGGUGGCGCAAAAGGACUACUAUCCAAGGCUGCCGGACAUCCCGUUGGAGGUGGACGAGGACGAGGAAACGGUGAAGAUCGUUCAGCUGGUCAAGUCGAACGAGCCCCUGGGCGACGCCGGCGUUGAACCGAUCGUGGGGGCGACCAUAAAAACCUGCGAAGANACCGGCAAGAUCGUGAUCGCGCGGAUAAUGCACGGCGGUGCGGCCGACCGAUCCGGUCUCAUCCACGUCGGCGACGAGGUCUGCGAAGUCAACGGCAUCAGCGUCGAGGGAAAGACACCCAGUUUCGUUCUACACAUUUUGCAAAACUCAGAAGGGACAAUCACUUUUAAAAUAGUGCCCGCGGACAGCAAAAGUGGAGUAAGGGAGAGCAAGGUUCGCGUGAGGGCACACUUUUCAUAUGUGGCGGCUGACGACCCUUAUAUUCCCUGUAAAGAAGCCGGAUUAGAUUUCGUCAAGGGUGAUGUUCUGCAUAUUGUCAGUCAAGAUGAUGCCUAUUGGUGGCAAGCCAGAAGGGAAGGAGAUCGAAAUAUGAGAGCAGGCUUGAUCCCCAGCAGAGCUCUUCAAGAACGUAGGAUCCUCCUCGAGAGGAAGGAAAAGGAGAAGUCAGACGAAGACAAUAUAAGUAUGUCGAUGGGCUUGUGUUCUGUUCCAGUGCCUUUGCCCGCAUUGUGCCCCCGUCCCAGUACCUCUUUGCACGCCUCGCCUACAAAGUGCAACUUGCAGGGAACUAAAACUAAAAAAAUCAUGUAUGACGCUGCAGAGAACGACGACUUCGAUCGGGAAGAAGUACCGACUUACGAAGAGGUCGCGAAACUCUAUCCCAGGCCGGGUCUGUACCGCCCGGUGGUUCUCAUCGGGCCACCGGGAGUCGGCAGGAACGAGCUGAAGAGGCGGCUUAUGGCAACCGACGCCGAAAAGUACAAGACUCCUGUUCCCUAUACGUCUAGGACACCGCGACCGGGCGAAGUAAACGGCAAGGAGUAUCAUUUCGUGACUCGGGAGAAAAUGGAGGAGGACCUUGAGGCUGGGAAGUUUAUUGAGUAUGGCGAGUACAAGGGAAAUUUAUACGGCACCAGUUCUGAGAGCGUCAGCUCGCUCGUAAACGCCGGAUACGUGUGUCUUCUGAACCCUCACUAUCAAGCCCUCAAGAUGCUAAGAACACCGCAAUUGAGGCCGUACGUCAUAUAUGUGAAACCGCCGACGUUCGAAGUGCUGAAGGAGACCAGAAACGAAGCCCGAGCGAGGUCGACUUUCGACGAGAACAAUUCUCGAGGUUUCACGGACGAGGAGUUCCACGAGAUCCUGCACAGCGCGGAAAGGAUAGAGUUCCUGUAUUCUCAUCUCUUCGACGAGGUGAUUGUGAACGCUGACCUUCCCAUGGCAUUCGAGCAACUAGUCGACGCAAUCCAUCGAGUGGAAUCUGAGCCGCUUUGGGUGCCUGCCUCGUGGGUUCAGUAAAAUGAUAGUCGUUAAGGUUCGAGGAACAAAACGCCCGGAAGGAAAAACGGAAGAGAAGGAAUUUCGUUGAAACGCGCGAUUACUCGUCGCGGUUUGACGAGAUCGAGCGUUUCUCGGCAACGCUCGACGAUACUUUAACUCUGUCUCCGCGAAAGACGGUUCCCUGAAGAACGCGUGUACUUCUCGUCUAUUGUCUCACCGAAUUGCAAUUUACCAUCUAGCGUUAUCGCGCCUUUACACUCCUAGAAAUUUCGUACCUCGAGCGUUCGCGAGUCUUUAUCCGAAUUUCGAAAACGAGUUAAAUGAAAUUUUCUAUUAUCGGAUGCCGUGCGUUCGUUGUCGGUGAUCGUUGCCGGUUUCGUACGUGACGAUUCACCGAUCGCGAAAGAAACGCGACGCGCUUCUCCUCGACUAAAUUAAAUAAUUAAAUAGCUAAUUGUAAGUAUAAAAUGUUGAAGUAAUUUCGAAGAUACGCUCCAAGUGGUUCAAAGUCGUCCAAAGUCCCACAGUUCUUGUUUACCGGGUAACUAUCGUAACACUUCAGCGACACUCCGCGCAUUCUUAAUCUUAGAAUCCUUACUGCCAGACGCUUCACCAGCGGCGAGAUCUCGCGGGAGAUCUCGUAUCGCGCAGAUCAAAAGGAAAGCGGAAGGGGGGGGGACUUUUCUGAUCUCGUCGCGAAUCUCUUCUAUAUUAUAUAUCCUAUCGACACGUCGUGAAAUUCCAGUUUUGAGACCACAGAAAUCUCGCAUAACUUGGGAUCAAUGCUCAAGAAAUGGAACUUGUGCUGAGGUUGCUUUGGAAGGUGUUCACCAAAGCCAGGAGAGUCACCACCGUGGGACGAUCUUUGAUCUCGAUUGUUGUUAAUUGUUGCCAAAUAAGUAUUGUACCUAGAAACGCGAUCGAAAUGAUCGCACCACUGUACCUACUUAUUGUAUUUUCCACACUCUUGGUCAGCAUUACCACGAUAUUACUAUUUUAUGUUACUCUUUUCCAUGACAAUGGGAUGCCAAUGAAAGAAAGAGGCUGUACGCUCUAUCGAGUUGACGUUGCAUAACUCACCCUUGAUGUAAACUCUGCAUGUUAUCGAAAUAUACCAUUAAACUUUGAA